GAAUUUUCCAAAUAAAAAUAAAAUAAAAUUGAGCUCUCCCCCAAUCCAGUCUGACAAACCCUUCCCUGUCCUCCUCCAAUUUUAAAUCCCUCUAUAUUCUGGAACCUCUCGGACAUCGAAUUAUGCUUAAACCUAAACCCUAAUCUUGAAUGGAUCCGAAUUCCCACAAUUCGGACUAUUAAAUUCUUGAAAGACCGAAGAAACCCACAUUUUUUGUCAUUGUCAACCCCCGAUCCGUACCAGAAAACUCUCCGUUGAUUGCUGCCCCGAUCACUACGAUGAGCAAUUACACCGUCCCAUCGCCUCCGCCGUCCUCUUCCGGCGACGCGGACUUUAAUUACGAUGAGGCAUGGUACGGUAACAUCCAGUAUUUACUUAACAUCUCCGCCAUCGGAGCCCUAACGUGUCUUCUGAUCUUCAUCUUGAUUAAGCUUCGAAGCGAUCACCGCCGUAUGCCGGGGCCUGCGGCGAUCGCCUCUAAGCUCCUCGCUGCCUGGCAUGCCACCGGUCGAGAGAUCGCUCGUCACUGCGGAGCUGAUGCUGCUCAAUUUCUGCUUAUUGAAGGCGGCAGCUGCAGCCUGCUUCUUUCCCUGGGCGUUCUUGCAAUCUCCGUCAUGCUGCCCGUAAAUAUAUAUGCCGGUAAGGCCCCUUUAGGAGACCAAUUUUCGAAGACUACUAUUAAUCACAUUGAAAAAGGUUCACCGUUGCUGUGGGUUCAUUUUAUAUUUGUUGUGAUUGUUGUUCUUUUGGUGCAUUACGGUACAAAAGAGAUUCAUAAGAGGUUGAAAAUCACUAGAUUGAGAGACGGGUAUGGCAAUCCUAGUGAUCCUGGUGCUAAUACAAGUGCGAUAUUUACAAUUAUGAUUCAUGGGUUGCCGAAAACUUUAGGGUUUGAUAAGACUCCUUUAGUGGACUACUUUCAGCACAAGUAUCCUGGGAAGGUGUAUAAAGUGAUUGUGCCUAUGGAUUUGUGUGCACUGGAUGAUUUAGCUUCAGACUUAGUUAAAAUUAGGGAUGACAUUGCUAGACUUGUUGCAAGGAUUGAGUCAAGAGGAUUUCUUGAUGAACUAGAGGAUAAUGAGGAUUCAAAAGAUGUGAUGGGGUUCUGGGAGAAGAUUCGCCAUUUAUGGAGAAGAGUGGUGGAUUUAUGGUAUCGGUUUGUGGAUUUGUUGGGUUUCUCUGAUGAGGAGAAGCUGAGGAAGUUGCAAGAGUUGAGGGCUGACUUGGAGAUGGAAAUGGCUGCUUAUAAAGAGGGGCGGGCGAGGGGCGCUGGUGUUGCCUUUGUGGUGUUUAAGGAUGUCUAUGCUGCUAAUAAAGCAGUUCAGGAUUUGAGAAAGGAAAAGAGGAGGCGAUUUGGGAGAUUCUUUUCCAUUACAGAGUUGCAACUCCAGAGGAACCAGUGGAAGGUGGAGAGAGCCCCAUUGGCGAGUGAUAUCUACUGGAACAAUUUAGGAUCAUCAAAAUUGUCACUGAGAUUGCGGAGGGUGUUUGUGAACACAUGCCUGCUAUUGUUACUCCUGUUCUGCAGUUCUCCACUUGCUAUUUUUAGUGCCGUUAGUAGUGCAGCACGUAUUAUAAAUGCUGAAGCCGUGGAUCAUGCUGAGACAUGGCUGGCGUGGGUUCAGAGUUCAGGCUGGCUUGCAUCCUUAAUCUUCCAGUUUCUUCCCAAUGUUCUUAUUUUUGUGAGCAUGUAUGUUGUAAUUCCAUCUGUUCUUUCUUAUCUCUCCAAAUUCGAAAGGCAUCUGACUGUCUCUGGUGAGCAAAGAGCUGCACUCUUAAAAAUGGUUUGCUUCUUUCUGGUGAACCUUAUUCUCUUAAGAGCUUUGGUUGAAACAUCACUGGAGAAUGCGCUUCUAAAGAUGGGCCGUUGUUACCUGGAUGGAGAAGAUUGCAAAAAGAUUGUGGAUUAUAUGAGUGCAUCAUUUUUAUCAAGAUCUUGUCUUUCAUCACUUGCAUUUCUUAUUACGAGCACUUUCUUGGGUAUAUCCUUUGAUUUACUCGCUCCAAUACCAUCAAUUAAGAAGAUGCUUCAGAAGUUCCGGAAAAAUGAUAUGAUCCAGCUGGUUCCCGAGCAAAGUGACGACUAUGCUUUGGAAAAUCACGAUAUAGAAAGUUUGCAGCGCCCUCUGAUUUCUGAAGGUGUCCCUGAAGUUGGUAAUGGCAAUUACGGAUACACGCCAGAUUCUCCAUUAAAUGGUCUUGAUUUACCUGGUCAAGAUUUGUCAGAAUAUCCUCCAGUCAGCAGAACUUCUCCCGUACCAAAGCAAACAUUUGAUUUUGCGCAGUAUUAUGCAUUCAAUCUUACAAUAUUUGCCUUGACACUCAUAUAUUCGUCAUUUGCUCCUCUGGUGGUUCCUGUUGGAGCAGCUUAUUUUGGAUAUAGGUAUGUGGUGGACAAGUACAAUUUCCUGUUUGUGUACAGGGUGCGAGGUUUUCCUGCUGGUAAUGAUGGGAGGUUGAUGGACACUGUCUUGUUCAUAAUGAGGUUCUGUGUGGACUUGUUUCUUCUCUUGAUGCUAUUCUUCUUCUCAGUUCAAGGAGACUCUACAAAGCUUCAGGCGAUAUUUACCCUUGGGUUGUUGGUUGUGUACAAACUCUUGCCUUCUGACAGCAGUAGUUCACAGCCAGCCCUGUUGCAAGGCAUUCAGACUGUGGACAAUGUUGUUAGUGGUCCAAUAGAUUAUGAGGUUCUAUCACAGCCUACGUUUGAAUGGGAUACGUAGGACUCAUAGAUUAUUGUCUAUGUCCGUCCUCGUUAUUGAGCUGGAAUCUGGUGAUUUAACUGUACAUAAGUUCAUUUGUUCGUUACAUAUAGGAGAAUGAUCAGUAAAGUUGCUCAAUAUAACCUGGACCUUAUGAUCUGUAGGCUAUUGAUAUGAGAUUAAUGCUAUCUUGUUGCCUGUUAAUCUCUCUAGGGUGAAAUGAUUAAUGAACUCGGUAAAUUUUGGCUGCUUCAGCAUGAGGUGUACCCGGUAUUUGUAUCCUCAUUUGUUUGUUAGUUAAGAGAUGAAGGUUGAUGUGCAGAGGCUUUCUUUUGUUUUUUCUCCUUGUUUUUUGCUGAAGGACCAAACUCGUCUUGGUUUGAUCUCUUUUUACGCUUAGAUUACCGCUGGUUUGAAACCAAAAAUGUAACUUAAGUAUGUUUUCCAUUCACGAUGGCAUCACCA